CUUUGUUGUUCCAAACGGUUGAACUUGGACCAAAAUCUAGCUUCUUCAUUGAUAUUGCGACGAUAUCGCGAGAUUACCUCCUGAAUAGUCAAUGGGAAGUUUACAACAGAUGGUCACGAAGCUUUCUACGCCUUUUUCUCCCUAGCUGGGCGCUUAUAAGCGGCAGGGAUGGAGCUGUACAUAUAAAGUCGACUCGUUUCACCAUCCUGGAGAAAUCCAGUACCUGAGCAAACAUCAUGAGCUCACAACCCCCUUCCCAUGCUCAAAUUCUAGUCAUCGGCGGCGGGCCCGCAGGGAGCUACUGUGCCUCCAUCUUGGCCAGAGAAGGAUUCUCCGUAGUCGUCUUGGAGGCCACGAAGUUCCCUCGCUAUCACAUUGGAGAAAGCAUGCUUCCUUCAGUCCGUCCAUUUCUAAAAUUCUCAGGUGCAGACAAAAAGGUCGCUUCACAUGGAUUUUGUCCCAAGCCUGGUGCGGUGGUAAAGUUCCAGCAACACAAACGUGAAGGAUACACCGACUUCUCUGCCCUUAGAGGCAGCAGCGACGAUCCUGAUAAUGCUGCAGCUUGGAAUGUGAAACGUUCGGAAUUCGACGAGAUCUUGUUGCGCCAUGCCGAAGAGCUUGGUGCCCAAGUAUUCGAGAACCAUAGGGUCACCAGCCUCACAUUUUCAGAUAAUAACGUCAGUGAAUGCAGGCCUAUCAGCGCCGAAUUUAGUCGUCCUGAUGGGGAGUGUUAUUCAAUCUCCUUCGACUACCUUGUCGACGCUUCUGGUCGAGUGGGGAUCAUGUCAACCAAGUACCUGAAAAAUCGUAAGAUGAACAACACACUUAGAAACUUGGCAUCCUGGGGUUAUUGGACUGGGGCAAAGCGAUACAUGCCAGGGAGCCAACGUGACAACGCUCCAUUUUUUGAGGCAUUAACAGAUGGUAGCGGCUGGGCAUGGUUUAUACCCCUACACGACAGCACGGUUUCAGUAGGCAUUGUCACUGACCAGGAAUCAAGCACUGCUAGAAAGGCCCUUUCUGCGAGAAAAGGCGUGCAUUAUUCCUCAAAGGACGACUACCUCGCACAGCUCAAACUAGCGCCUACAAUAAGCGAGAAGUUCCUCUGCGAGGCAACCCUCCAAGGGGAGGACAGCCCCAUAUGCAUCCGUAGAGCCAGUGAUUUCAGCUAUGCCGCUGACAAAUAUUCUGGCGAUCACUUCAGACUCAUCGGCGAUGCAUCCGCCUUCAUCGAUCCCUUCUUCUCAAGCGGAGUUCAUUUGGCGCUUUUGGGUGCGCUAACUGCUGCUGCGUCGAUAUCGGCCUCGAUCCGAAAAACAUGUUCGGAACCGCGGGCAGCUCAGUUUCAUGACAAAAAAGUCGCUGUUGCGUAUACUCGCUUUUUACUUGUUGUCAUGGGUGUCUAUAAACAGAUUCGCAAUCAAGACUUACCUAUUUUGUCUGAGAUUGACGAGGACAACUUCGAUAAAGCCUUUGAUAUUCUUAGGCCGGUGAUCCAGGGCACAGCUGAUGUCGGCAAAACCGUAUCGGAGGACGAAUUACAAAAGACCAUGGACUUUUGCAAAGAUAUUUUUGCCCCUACGGACCCGCAAAUGCAUGAGGCUGUAGGAGCACGACUCGGACCGGAGUUGUGCUCACCGUCGGUACCAAUCAUGACUGACGAUGAGAUCAAGGCUUUAGCCCAGGACGACGACGAGGCCAAAUGGGUAUUGAAGGAGAUCAACGCACGCAGGGCCGUUCAUACCAUGUAUAGUGGACCUAUUCACGUUGCAGCAGAGAGUGUUGACGGUUUGGUUCUAAAUCUCGAAGUCGGAAACUUUGGUCUGAAAAAUGUGCAGUAGUGUAACAUCGUGAAUAGAGCAAACUAUAUUUAUAUA